AUGGAUGAAGAUGAAUAAGUAGAUUAAACAAUGGUUACAUUUGGUUCUAUAAUUGCCAUAUCUGAUUUCGUGGAUCAGAGUGCUUUCUUAUUCUCGGAUGGGUUCUUGAAACCUGGACUAUUUUUAAAAAACUUUGUUUAUAAAGAAUAAAAAAAGUAUUCAAGCAUGAUAUAUUAGAAAAACAUAUGAAGGUUUAGAUAAUGAUUCCUUUUACAAAUGCUUAUUUUAAGUUUUGCCCAGAGUCUCUGAUACUGUUAAGUCACGAGUUUUAUAAGAUUGUAAUGUAACUGAUAUUAAGAAAGAUGAAAAGGACGGAAGAAAUGUAUGUCAAAAAAAUAAAUAUGUAGGAUAAAAUCAAAAUGUCUAAUCAAAGAAUGAAUGAAGAGCUUAGUUAAUUAAUGAAUGAGUAUAAGCAAAACAUAGAUGCAAUAGAUAAAUCCAGAUAUUAAAAGUUGACAUAUCAUCAGCCAUUUCAAUUACUACACAUUGCAAGUGGUAAGUUUUUAGCUUGCCAUGACAACGAAGCAUAGAUAGAGAAUCAAAACUACUUAGUUAAGUUAGAUGACUUCUCAAGUGAUUACACCGUUUUUAAGAUAGUACCUGCAUAUAUGUAUUAAAGUCAUGGAGAACAAGAUGUAAAUGCUGGUGAAAUGUGUGCGAUUACCAGGGCUAUGCCUAUCUCAAAUCGGUUUGCAUAUAUUAGUUGCUCAUAAAUGGAAAUUUCAGAAAUUAAAGGUAAUGCAUAAUCUAGAUCUGAACAUAUCUUGAAGAGAGAAAUAAACGCCAGUGUCGAAUAGUCUCAUUCUUGGAAAAUAGUUCUGUUUUAACAAUAUAUAUCUGAAAGCUCUAGGAACUUAAGAGUUGGGGAUUGCAUCUGGUUGUAUCAUAGUGAAGCCGAGGCAACACUCUCUGUAAAAAAAUAUCAAGAGGCUGUAGAUAAGACCAAUUUCACAUUUUAUCACCUAUCUGAAUGGCUCUCCAUAAACAAUUUAUACGUGUCGAUCACAAAGUCCCAAACAGAAAGUGCUUAAGGAUAUCAAGGGAGUACAAAUGGGUUAUGGCAAAUUGAAGGGGAAGAGUUUCUUUAGGGAGGAUUUGUUAAGUAUGAUGCCGGCUAUAGACUUAAGAAUAUUACCACAGGAUAUUAUUUGAGUGUAAUAGAGAUUUCAACCGAUAAGAAUAGCAAAUAAAUUAAAAAACAAUAAUAUAAAUAUCGGUUGACUUAGGAACAGGACAAAUCAACAAUUUUUACUUUUGUUGAUCUCAAAACUCAACCAAAUUAAAAAUAUUUAAAGGGAGGAAGUUAUACAUAUCUUUAAAACAGACAAAGUUAAAAUUGGAUGGAUUUUUAAAAUGAUAAAUAAAACCAUGAAUAUAUUCCAAUUUUGAAGGCUCCUUAAGAAAAAACUGAACAUGCAGUAUUUAAAAUUCAUAUGGCCACUAGGAAUGAAGUUUGGGAAAUCUAAUUUCUGUAAUCCUGUUUUCGAAAAUUGGCUAAAUUUGUUAUUCAGAUUCAAGAUCCAAAAUAUCCAGGAAUUGAUAACUUUCCUUCUAAAAGAAAAUGGUUCGGAGAAUUUUAGCAAUUAAAAAGUUGCAUCGCUGAAUUAGAGAAUUUCGUAAAUAAUAAAUCUUAUACAACCUCGGCAGAAUAGACAUUCGGCUCUAUCAAUUAAUACAGGUAGAAAUUAAUGAGAGAAUAGUUUUACAUAGAUAUUCUUAUCAAAAUUUUAGAAAGAAUAAUAACUAAAGGAGAAUUAGAGUUUUAUUAGAAAUUGGAAAAUGAUUCAGAAAAAAAUGACAGGCAAUCCAGAAACAAUUUAGAAAUGGAAGGCAAUAUUAUUUUCGAAGACAAAGCCUUAAUGAUGCAUGAAUAAAAGACUGAGAAUACAUUAAAAACAUAAUACUAGAAUUAUGUUAAAGCUAAAGUUGAAUUAAUCGAUUAAAUCUACUAAUUCUUGGGAUCUGUAUGUAAAUUAAAUAAAGAGAAUCAAAUAUACACCUACGAUUUGAUACCAUACUUUCAAUUGCAUACAAAAUAUUUACCAACAGCUAUUGAAGCAACAAUUAAUAUCGUAUCAAACAAUAAAUUUUUAUUAUAUAAACUAAGUGAAGAUAUUAAAAUUGAAUUUUAUGAAGAGAAUGAAAUUGACAAUCAAUAAAUAAAAAUACUUAUUAAUUUAUACUAGUUUGAUGAUAAGGACGAAUAUGUGGAAAUUAAAUAGCAUGAGAAAAUCAUGAAAAAACCUGUCCCCUUAAUUGAAUAUUUUAUUAAUUUGCUAUGGGACGAUGAUGCUAAGAACAAUUCAUAUUACCUAAAAUUUUUAAGAAAUGUUUGCAGUCAUUAGGAAUUUCCCAUAUAAAUUAAUCAAGAGAAUAUUUAUAAGCUAUAUAAAAAGAAUAAUACCAAACAACCUAAACUGGGAGUUGAAACAAAAGCUGAAGAAAGCAAAAGUAAUGAUGGCACUGUAAGGCUAACAUCCAAAGCUGGAUAAUUGAUCAUUCCUUAAGAUUGUGACAUAAGAGACAUUAAUAAAAGUUCAAGGGACAAAUUUAUGUAUAUAAUUGAGUAACUCACCUUUUUUUCAGAGGUUGCUUUAGGAAGAAACUAUUCAUGGAAAAAUGAAUUAGGUGCUUAAUUUGAAAAAUCAUUCUUAUUUAGGAAUAUUUGGUUUAAGCACCCUAUUGAUCCCAAAUAUAUAGAUUUAUAGCCUGGAUUUGCUAGAUUAGCAUUGACUUUAUAUAUUGAUUAAGAGCCUCUAAUGAUAAAGAAAGCACCAAUCAUGUGUUAAUUGUUUAGUGAGUGUGAAAAACCCAGAGAUUAUAUCCUAUUCAAGAGCUCAACUUAGGCUGGGGCUUCGAAUGUUUAAGAGUUGAACACAUACAAAGAUCUAGUGAAUAACUUGAUGAAUUAUUUGAAUGAGAAGGGAGGGGAAAUAUACGAGAUAAUGUGUCCUCUAAUUCAUAAUCAAGGCGGCGAGGAAAGAGAUUCUAAGAAGAUUUCAAAUUAAAUUGGUCCAGAUAUCCUAAAGGAUGAAUUAAUAUUAAAUACAAUGAGGAUUUUGGAUAAAGUGAUGAAAUUGAAUUUGAUUUGGGUAUUAGAUUAUUCCCUAGGAGAUGCACUAUAAAUCAAUUUAAAACCACAAUUAUUCAUUUAAUCAAUGGUUAAAUCUUGUUUGGAUAUUUUCACUUAUGAGAAGUAUGAACUUAAUUUGGUCCAAGCUCAUUGUUAAACAGAAAGACAAAGGGUUUAAAAAAAGUUACAAGAUAAACAAAGUCAACAUAAGCUUAGUGCACCAAAUUUUAUGAAUCUCUUAAAAAAAUAGAAUAAAGAAGAAGAUGACAAUGAGGAACAGAGAGGAGAAAGCUAAAUAGCAAAUGAUCAAAACAUAUACUUAAAUCCUAUUAUGAAGGGAUACUUAAAGUUAUAAUCAGUAAUAUAAACGUAAAACUUUUUGGAUCCGAAGUAUAUUGAAAAUGAAGUCUAAUUAAAAAUAAAGAUAUGCGAUUUCCUAGAAUACUUGUUAGAUCUAAGAUAAGAUUUCAUGAUGUAAAAUUGUAUUGUCUUUUUUAAAACAUAGAUUCUAUAAGGAGAUCAUAUAGAAAAUAAUCCUGUUGCCUAUAGUCAAUACUUGUAAAAGGAAAAUAAGAAAAAACCUCUAAGUCAGAGAAGAUAAUAUGAGGACUUAAACCAAAAAGAAAAAAAUCUAUUAAUUAUUCAGAGAUUAUUAAAGAACCAUGCAUUAGGAUUAUUCCCUAAUUUAGCAUAGACAGGUAUAAAAGAAAUAGAUGAACCUUAAAAAGAAGAAAUUAGUUUAAAAUCAUUCACAUAAAACUUAAUAAAAAUUAAUAAGUAGGAAGAAAAGGCUAAAACUAGAUUUUAUAAUUAUAUUAACAAUCCACAGAUCCCAGAGAUUUUAGAUCUUGACUAAUAUUUAAGUUUGGCUUUAGAUGAUAGAAACCCAAAUGAUUAACCAGUUGCUAGUUUAUUACCAACAUUUUUACAUACAUUUUAUCAUAUCAAGGAUAAAGAACUAGAAAAACGAGGGCUGCAAUUAUUAUUAAGAUUAUUCACUUAAAAGGAAGAAUUCAAAAAAAAUCUGUAAAAUAUGUAAGUCAUUUUUGAUUCUGAGAAGACGAUACUACAUAAGUAUAUUACAAUGAACUUGGAAAAAUUCUAAACUUUAAAUGAGCGACUUGAUAUAUGGAUGUCUAGUUAUAUUUAUGAGGAUAAGAUCACCAGUGACUUUGAAUAAGCAUAAAAGUACUUAACAAGUUUUUAUCAUGGACUAAAAAGUGACAUCAAAUUUGAGGAUAACGAAUUGAUCUCUACAUUAGAUGUGAUUGAUCCAAAGAAAUAAUAACUUUAUGCUAACUUAGGAGCACACAUAGCAGUGGUUAAUUUGUUGCCAAAUGGAUUGAGAUAUAUUCAUGAAUAUAUAAUGGAUGUAGAAUUUGAGGAGGAGAAAAAAAUUGUUAUGAUUGACUUUUUUAGAUUGGCUUUUGAUGUUCUAAAGAAUUUCUGUUUUAACAACAAUGAAAAUUAAAUUAUACUAUUUGAGUAUUUAAAUUAUUAUCGCUAUAUGCAAUAUGAUCUAGGCUAAUUGGAAUUGAUUGAGACUAUAUUUUAAAAUAAUAAGACAUUAUUAGUUCAAAAAGUAGAUUAAUAAUUGAUAGAUGUGAUUUUACAAUUAAUACUGAAAGAAGGAAGGCAAAAGAGAUUUUUACUAGUAUUUGAAUCAUUAAUGAAGUAUCAUUCAAAUUACAUAUUUGACAACUAGAUUUUAAUACAAAAUAGUCUAUUACCAUUAGAAUUUGGCGAGAAAGACAUAAAGGUUUUAUAUUGUGAUGGCUCAAGAAACAGUGAUUUGAAAUUGUUCCUAGAGGACCUAAUUUAAGAACCUGAAUUAAAAUUUGUUGAGAAAUUGAGAGAGCUUGACUAUAGGGAUACAUUUAGAGAUGAGCCCUUCUUCUAUCAUGCAUAAUUGCUAGAUAUUCUCAUUUAGACGACUUUAAAUAAUGUUGAAAAGAGAAAAUUUACUGCAGAUACCAAGGAGGAGGAUAUUAAAAAGAAUUUCAACAUCAGUGUAAGUAAAUUGAAAAGAUUGUUUUCAGCAACAUAUUUACUUGAAAUAUUAUGUUCUAGUGAUGCAUUUGUAAAAAUGCCAAUCACAACCAAAUCUCAAAUUUAAUACAUUGAUAGCAAUCACAAAAUUAAAGGGGUUACUUUGAUAAAAUUGUAAAUAAUUGAAUUUUUAAGAUUGGUUCAUAUCUCAUCUGAAAGAGGACAGGUUUAGCAUUCUCAAUUAUUUCAUUGUAGAUAAUAAGUCAUUGAUUUUAUGACCUUUGAAAUCAAUAGAUUGGAGAAAAUUACUGAUUUGCAUUUAUUUACUUAAGAUUUAAAAGUUUAUCACAUCGAAGGAAUUUUCCCUUUUCUAUUGGCUUACUACGACAGAUUUCUAAAGAACAUAGAGAAAUAGGAUUUGAGAAAAGAUUUAUAAAUUAUUGAGAAAUUCUUGCAAGAAUGGUUAAAGAAGGUUAAGAAUCUAACAUCUGAAUAAAAUAUCCUAUACCCAAUUAUUACAACUACUGAAGAUGCAAAGUUGUUAGUGAGAUGUUUACAAACAUUCUGUAAAGUAUUUUAUGAGAAAACAGUAAAUUAAAAAGAGGAUCCUAUUUGGAAUUAAGUGAAGAUUAAAUUGGACUCCCUCAAAGAAGCAGAUUAAACGUAAGGUGAAGAUAUUAUAUAAAACACUAAUACUAAUAAAAAGAUAUAUAAUGAAAUGAUGAUAGGAUAAAAUUCUAGGAAAAGCAGUUUGAUGUCAAAAUAAUUAAGCAAUCCUGAUGAUCAACUAAUCCAAGACACAAGUAAGAAAUAUUUACCUGAAAAGAAGAAAAUAACCGUAUUUUCAGAUAAGGAUGAUGAUUGUGAGGAAUUGCUGGAAGGUUAUGAUUCACUGAAAUCAAAUAAAGUAGAAAAGCUUUGGAAGUUAUUUUUAAAAGAAUUAUUAAAUAAGGAUCAUUUUUUAAAGGAGGCUGAAAAAGAAAGAGAAACUAUUGCCAAUGCAAUUUUAAACAUAUCUAGUUUAUUAAAGCCAGAAUUUAGUAAGAACUUAACUAAUAAACCUGAUGUCAAAAGCAUAUCGAGGAAACUAAUAUCAUAUCUCUAAUCAGCUUUCUCAGAUCCCAAUUGCAAAGGGUCUAUUUAAACCUUAUUACACAUUUUAAAAAAAAUAAUUGAUACAGAUCCAACCAGAAAAGUAGAGAUGCAAAAUCUAUUUGAUAAAUUAGGAGCAACUUAAAUGGUAUUGUUAGUCCUGAGCGAAAAUAAUUAAGACAAGAAAUUAAUGAUGGUAUUAAUAUAUGUUAUUUACGAUAGUCUUUCCUUUAAUUUAUUAACACUUUGUUAGAUGGAGGAAAUGAUCAAGUUCAAGGAACUAUAUACAGUUUUAUGAUGAGCUUUAGUCAAUCUGAAAACAUUUUCUAGAAGAUCUAUUUCAUCAUUCGAAAACAAAUUGAAAAUCUAGAAAUCCUAUCAAAGUCGAAAGGAGGAUCUGAAGAUGAAUCAGCUGGGUUGCUUUAGAUAGAUUACAAUGAGUUUUAAGAAGAUUUAAGUUUGGUGUUGGAAGUAUUAACAUUCUUGUAAAAUGCUGUAGAAGGUCAUUAUCGAAAACUUCAAAAUUAUUUUAGAGAACAAACCAACUCAAAAAACAACUAUGACUUAACCAAUGCUAUAACUGAUCUCUUUAAAACCUAUUAUUAUGAUGGUCGUAUUUAAAAAAACUAUGAUAACAUGUUGAAGUGUUUAGAUACUUUAAAUGAGCUAGUUUAAGGACCUUGUUCAGACAAUUAAAAAGCUAUUUCUGAAUCUAAAUUCUUGGAUAUUGCAGCUGAUUUGUUCUCCUAAUAAUAUAUUCUAUCUCCGCCAGAAGAGAUAGAAUAAAUUGGAAAACGAAAAUCUCUUUUGGAUUAGCCAUUACAGAGAUGGUAGAUUUGUAGAUUAAUGAAUAAGAUUUUGAAUUUGAUCAUGAGUUUAUUAGAAGGAAGUGAAAUAAAUUAAAACAAUCCAAUCUUAAAAAGAAUCAUGAGAAACUUACCAAUAAGUUUAUUAGAAAAGCAUUGCGUUAACGAAUAUAAUAAAUAUGUUAAAAUAUAUGGUGAUAAGUAUGAAAUCGAGGCACUAGAACAUUUAUCAGUUGACCCUUAUAAAUUAAGAAAAAUGAAAGAAAGUAAAUAUGAUAGAAUUAAACAAAUAUCCUAAUAACUCCCUUACUUUGAAACUAUUUUACAGAAUGGAUUUCUGUUAUUCUUCUUAAUGAGUUAUUACAUGGAAUGUGACCCCUAUAUUGUGAGUCCAAUUAUAAAAAUUGCAAGGAUGUAUAAAAAAAAGAUAUUAAAAACGUAAACAAGCAAUGAAGUUUGGUAAAUGUUUAAGGAUUCAUUUGUUUAUAUGUUUAUAUAAUUUACAAUUGCUCUAAUAAGGAAUUUAUUUGGGACUUUGAAUUCCAUGAAGAAUUUAGCAACUGAUUAGUUUAAAAACAAUUAAGUAUAGCCAGAUAUGUCAGAGGAAGAGAAAUAAAGAAUCAAAGAGGAACAAUAUAGACAGGAUCUGCAAAUGGCUAUCAACUUUUAUUUAGAGAAUAGUGCUCAUAUUGAUGUUAUGCAUGAUGAGAAUCUAGAAGUUGUUUAUUUCAUUAAAUUACCUUCAACAAAAUAUUUGCCUAAAGAAUAAAAAAUCCUAUUCCACGAUCAAGUAGAUAGAAGUACCACAUAAUCAAAGGUUUAAGGGUUGCUGAAUAUAGCUCCUACAUUGAUUGAAGUUUGUAAACAUGAAGAAUAUUUAAAGAGAUUAUUUGAUCGAUAGAAAUAUUUAGCCUUAUUAACUGACUAUGUUAAACUCUGGAGAGAACUCGCUUUUUUCUUAACCUUAUUUUUGAAUUUAUUCAUACUGUUUAGCUUCGAUGGAACAGUAGGCGAUAGGGUUUAGGAUUACAUCUUUUUUAGUUAAUAUUAAGAUUUUACUCCAAUGAUUACUAAAACUAUAAUAUACAUCAUUGGUAUUGUGAUGACAGGUUUAUCCUUAUUCGUGGUCUCAUUUUAUUUACUGAAAAAUGCUCCAUUGAUUUUAAAAAGGGCUUGGUUGUAAAAAGGGCUAUUUGAAGAUUAAGACCCAAACCCUCUCUUUAUUUUAAUAGACAUGUUUUACAAAUUUAUACAAACUAUUUUAAGUUUCUUAUAGGAAGUGGAAGUGAUGUAUUACAUCGCAUAUGGUUUAUUUGCAAUAUUGGGUACUUUUUAUCACCCCUUAUUUUUCAUAUUCCAUUUAACUGAAAUUCUUUUUAGAUAUCCAACAUUAAAAAAUAUCAUUCUAUCAGUUUAUCGUCCUAGAACCUAAUUGAUUUUAACAUUUUUCUUGCUAUUUUUGUUAGUUUAUGUGUUCACAAUUUUUGCUUAUUGGAGAUUAUCAAAUGAGUUUGCAGGAUAUUGUGAUACUCUAUUAUAUUGUUUCAUGAUGAAUGUGGAAUGGACAUUUAGAGGGUCUAUAGGAGAUUAUGUAUAAUAAGAAUUAGGAGUAACUGAUGUUGCUAGAGAAUUGGGUGUUGGUAGGUUCUUCUUUGAUGAGGUUAGCAAUAUUAUUUUGGGUGUUAUAAUGCUCAACAUUGUUGCUGGUAUUAUCAUUGAUACAUUUGGAAGUUUAAGAGAGGAGGAAGGGAACAAAUUAAAUGAUAUGGUCGACAAUUGUUUCAUAUGUGGAAAUCUAAAGUAUUUAUAUGUUAUGAUGUUUUUUAGGGCUGAUUUCGAUAGAUUGCAAUCAAAAAGCAAUGGUGGUUUCAGAGAACAUAUAAAAAUGAAUCAUUAUAUGUGGAACUAUGUUUAUUUCUUCGCUUAUUUGAGAUGGAAGGAGAAAACAGAAUAUUCAGGAAUCGAGAGUUAUGUUGACUAAAAACUGAAAGAGGAAGAUCUUUGUUGGGUUCCAUUUAAUCAAGCAAGAGAAUUGGUGGAUUUGGAUGGCAACAAGGGCAUCAGAGAGAAGGAACUCAUAUCAAAAAUAGAAGAGAAGGUAUUCUGUUAUUCAUAAUUUUAGAUUGUUUUUGUCUAAGAAUAAAUUAUUGACAUGGGUAAACUGAUGAAGGUUGAAUUUAAAAAAAAUAAUUGA